AACCAAAAACGUCGUCGUUAGUUUACCCCCUCUCUUCCCAAAAUCCCCUUUCCCUCCCAAAAUCUCCAUUCCCUCGUAUUAGCUAGGUCUUAAGAAAGGAAAAAAUAGUGGGAAAAGAUAACCCUAGCCAAGCCCUCUUUCAUUCUUGCUUCCUGGCCUAUUCGUCAUGCCAAACUCUCAUCGUCUUGCUUCAACUGUGUCAGUGUACCGUCACCGUUGCCGUCGCCACUCCAUCUUUUAGACGCAGAACCAGAACCGGUGGCAUCCUGCAGUAAAACACCCCUGCUAACACCCAUUGCUUCCCAUUUCUGAUCUCACUCCCAGAGAGCAAAAGGGGAAGACCUGCUUACACUCUCACGCCGUCAAUACCAUAUCGAACCUGGACCUCUUGAAAAAGCGCUCUUAGCUAAAGAUGCAGCUUUGAAAUCAUUUAAGUCAUAUAAACAGAGUGUGAAGAAGCUCAAAAAAAUUGGCGAUAUUCUAACAAUUGUUGUCGUUGCAGGCAUGGAAGCUUAGAGGCAAAGAGUACUUGUUUUCUAGGAUUGUGGUCACAGGAAAAUAGUUCUACACUUUGUAAUAAGGGUGGAGAUGGAUUUCAGGUGAGGAAAAAAAAGGUGAAGACCAAGUUGACAGCAAGCACUAAAUUUUUAGCUGCACAGUAUAAUUUUUUUGGACUGAUAAAGACAAAAGGAGUUGACUAGUUGCUGUGACACUGUGUAUAAUAACUUCAUAUAGCAUCUCAAAAUGAAGGAACUAAGCAGAAAUUCCAAAAGAAAAAGGUUAAGGAACCUAUCACAAAUAGAGUCACAAAGAAGUCCUUUGAAGAUGAGGAGUCCAGUAAAAAAUUCAGGAAAAAUUCAAUUCACAAGUGCUUAUUCCUUGCUAAAACAAUUUCAAAUAAAAAGGGAACAUGUUUUAGCUGCAUGUGGGGCUAAUAGUUGUAAACAUGAGACAAGGAAAAAGGGCAAGAUGCCGAAAAAGGUGUUGACAAGAGGUGACGAUGAAGGUCAAAGAAAAAUGGUAACCAAGAAGAUAACAAACAUCAGAGACGGUGAGGAUCAAAUCAAGAUGCCAACAAAGAAUUCCAAUGAAGAAAAUCAUCUAGUCAAGAUGAAAGCUAUUGAACAUGAGGAUCCAGGUGGAAAGAAGCCGUCUAGGAAGAAGGUGCCAAUGAAGAAAUCAAAGGUAGAGGGUGAUAAAGUCAUGAUAAAUACCAAUGACGCUGAGGGUCAAAGCAAGAAGCCGACCAAUAAAAUGUCGAUGAAGGAAUCGAAUGAAGAAGAUGCCAACGAAGAAGAACAUAAGAUUGAGUCUCUUAUCCCUGCUAUGACUUUAGACGAAUUCUUUGAAAAAUAUGGGAUAUCAUUAGAUGAAAAUGAUGAAGAAUAUGAAUAUGAUUAUGAUGAGCUCAAUCCAACCAUUGGUGAUAGUAGUGACAGUCAACUCGGUACCAAAAAGAAAAAAGUUUGUGGUCCUACCCAACUCAAGCAUAUUCAUGCUUUGGAGACACAAAUAGAGUUAACAUGGUACAAUGGCAAACCCAUAGGUCCAACAAAGACACAGGUUCAAUUGUUUAGUCGGUUCUUGGGAACACUUGCAAGAAACUCUAAUUUGGUCACAUUAUUAUAUACUAAUUGGCAAGUUGUGUCCAUUGAGACUAAAACUUCAAUGUUGGAUUAUGCAAAGGUUAUUUCUGACAAAAAUCGUGAAAACAGAUCCAAGCAAAAAUGGAAUCAUCGAAUGGGUCCAGUUAGUUUUGAAUUAGUACGCGCUGAAUUGCGUGCAAAGAAGGAGGACAAUGAAGAUCCAUCACAAUCUGAGAUGUUUGUUGUAACUCGUACGAGCAAAAAAGGAGAGACUGAUUCGGGAACACAAGAGACAAUUGAACAUCUUCAAAAUUUGAAAGAAGCAGGAUACAAUGAUGAUGAAGCAGUUCAAACAGUUUUCGAAAAGGAGAGACAUGGAAGAGUUCGUUUCUAUGGUCGAUCAGUCACAAAAUCCUCUCUUAAAAAAGAGAAGGAAAUCCGACAAAUGCAGCAACAACAUAAUGAAGUGGUUUCAACUAUGGAGAAAAAUCAAACUAACUUAACUUCCAAGUUGGAUGGUUUAACAAACUUGAUUAAAACGUUGUUGCAACAAGUCAAUCCUGGUAUGAGUGCAGAACAAGUGCAAGUAAAGAUAGAAGCCGCCCAACAAUCUCCGCCUGACGCGAGUAGUGCACCAAAUGAUGUGCGGUGAAGCAUUCCUCCUUCACUUGGAUCGAACCAUGUAUCAAAGGAUAUGGAAGAAGACAUGAUGUGAUGAAAAAAAUAUGUUCCAUACAAAUAUCACAUGGGAUGGGUCUUACCACCUUAGUUAUGUAAAUGUAAUAUUUUGAUGUGUUAUGAACUUUUUGAGGUACUACAUGCAAUUGGAAAAAUUUCACUCUAUUUUGAUUUGUGUUGUUUAGACUAAAAAUUAAACAUAUCUAUCUUAUGAUGAAACUUUUAUGAUUUAGAUUUCUUGA